UACGCAACAUCCUCUUGGAUCCGCUAGCUCUCUUCCGAGCAGAUGGAGCAGCUAUCUAACCGCAGCCGGCCGGUGGAGCUAGCUGCUGGAGGCACAAGAAGGUAGCAGUGCAGCCGGCCGGCCGGAGCGGUCGAGAGCUAAUCGAGUGAGCUCCAGCAGUGGCGGCAAUAUAAUGGGUCUGUCGUCAAGGUGCGGAUGCCGGUGCGAAUGCGUCACCAGCACCACCCACGGCGACGUCGUCCGCAACCGCAGCAACCGUAACAACAACGAUGCCCCCGACGCGGUCCUCGAGGGCCUCGCCAUGGCCGGCCUCGUCGCCAUCCUCCGCCAGCUCGGAGACCUCGCAGAGCUUGCCGCGGAGGUGUUCGACGACAUGCAACACCAAGUGAUGGCCGCGUCGGCGCGAGGGCGACGACUCGCCGUGAGAGCCAAGCGGCUGCUGGAGACCGACCUCUACCUGCCUCCGACGACGUCCACCCACAACUCUGCCGCCGCUGCUCUCAGUCUCACCAUCGCCACCUCCAGCUCCGGCCGUCUCGGCUGCCGCGCGCAUCCCAGAAGAGGAGGAGGAGGAGGAGGAGGAGGAGGCACGCCGCCGAUCAUGAUGCCGCGUCUCGUCGUCCAACGUAUCAGGCGCUGUCGCGGGCCUCCCAGGCUGUCACUCCUUGACAAGUUUGAUGCUGCUGGCGAUGGAGCGUGCCUCAAGAGGUACACCGAUCCCUCCUUCUUCUUCAGGACUCAUUCUGCCAGGCUUGAGCAAGGCACGCUCGGAGUCAGAGCAAACCGCGGGCCAUAUCUGAAAUCCAUGUCCAUGGAAACCAGCAGACCCAAGUUUCAGACUGCAUUUAACUCUGAACCUCCGGAGUCAGCCGACACUGUCACUGACUGCAAAUCAGAAUCAGAAACAGAAAGAGAUGCAUCCGAAGCGCCGUCACCUGGCUUCCUCUCCAUGCUCCGACAGCUGAAGCAGCAUCGGCAUCGGCAUCGGCAGGCAGCAGGUGCCGGGUCCCUCUUCCGAGUGCAGCAAACAGUUGACAGGGUCCAGUCUUCACCUCAACUCGACAUGGAAAAGAAGCUGCAAGGCAGCGGCACAGCGCAGCCCAGCCCCAGCCCCAGCGAGCUCGAGAGGACGAGCUCUUUCGAGGCAUGGCUCUCUCCAGAUGCUCGCCGCUUUCCUACUACUGCUGCUGCUGCUGCUACUCAUCAUCACGAGCACGAAGAAAUCAUCACACAGGAACCACCCCAUCCCCAUGGUGCUAGUGCUACUGCCUGUAGUGGAUCCGUCAGUGAUGUUGUUACCACAUCAAUUGGUGCUGCUCUUAGCAGCAGUACCAUGCUGAAGGCGAAGCAGAAUUCAGCAGACGCAGAAAUACCCUGCAGCAAAAGUUCGAGGAGGUACAAAGACAGCGUUGAGAUGAUCGCCUCAAGAGUCAGCAGCUUGCCGAGGAAGCUCUUCAUCAACAUCAAGCAUCACAACGACUGCUCGCGCUCUGAUAGGGCAGGUACUACUAACCUCCGGAUUAGCCAAGCCACAGGCACUGGGGAUUGCAGCCCUGAACUUGAAGCCAUCCCCACCCCAAGAGAGGCUUUUCUGCCAACACUGGUUCAUUCUGAUCCAGUAUAUUCGAGUAUGCAUAGCCUGCUUCUGCCUGAAAAUGACAAGUGCUACUCCUAUUUGCAGCACCAUGAAAGCAUACCUUGUAAUGUAUCAGUAGAUGCAGAGAGACAUCACCAACAGGAAGACCCUUCCACGGAUCGAUGCAGUAACAGUAACAGUAACAGCAGCACUCCUGAAACAUGUACGACACCUGACUCCAGGAACCUGCUGUUGCCAGGAAGUCUUGUUCUGAAGCGAGCUAGUGCUUUGCCUGAGAAUCCUUGUUCUGAAGAUGCCAAACUAGAUACAACACCGCCACUUCCGCCUAUUCCACCCAUGCAGUGGCUGUCAGAAAGAGUCCAUACAGGGACUCGGACUCGAGCCCCAUCUCCUAAACACAGAGCGCUUUGGAAAAAAUCACUGGAGGUUACUGAAAUGAUUCAGGCAAUAAGACAGGCGCAUAGCCAUAGCAUCCAGACUUCACCGGUGGAUACGGAAGAAACGUUGGUUUCUAAUGAGCAUACUAGUGCCAAUGCCUCUCAUAGAGAUGAAAUGAAAUGUUCUGAAUCUGAAGAAACGGGGCAUCCACAGCCAUUCCGAGCCCGAGAAGAUGCUGUGCAGGCUUCAGAAGGCAAUGUUCUCAAGGCUGGAGAGUUCCCUGUGCCUGCAAUACUUUCAGACGAGGCCGGGUCUGAGAUAUACCUACGGACGCAGGCACAAGCAGACACAUGUUUCCAACAACAAGGCAGACAGCAAUUUGGUAGCAGUGGACAUUCUGAUCAUGGUUCAACAGAGAAACGAAGCGAAGAGCACGAGGAUCUGCAGAACGAGAGUGUGUUCUUCUCUGCGGUACAAGAGCUAGCGAACAUGUCCCCUCCUCCUUCAGUGCCAAGGCCCAAAUAUCCACUGCUUGAUGCUGGAUCUCACGGCAGGAUCAUGCUACGAAAUGGUCCAAGCCCGAUCCAUCCUUCAAGAAACAUUUUGGACAGCAGGAGUUUACUGAUAAAGCAGAUAAAAGACAUUGCAAUGGACGGCAAUCCUUCUUUCAAACUGAAAUCAGUUUCUGGAGCGAGCUCUCCUCAGUCUUCUGUGACCGGGAGUCCUACCAACUCUAAGGUGGCAACCAUUCUGCAGAGAUUAGAUGACAUUCGUAAGCAGGCUCACGCAAACAACAAUGAGGUUCACAGUGAGGAAAGCUGGAGCGAUGGCAGUGAAUGAAUGAUUUAUUGUAUCCCCUGUGAUGGAUAGUAACAUUGGGUGAUGCAGCUGCAGAAGCCCUGCCCCUGCAUACUUACAAAUAUGGAUCCCAUAUAUAUUUUAUUAAA